AUUUUGGAAUGGUGUUUGGUGUAAUUGCCAUGUUCAGCUCAUUUUUUCUCCUUGGAAAAACACUGAUGCAGACUUUGGCACAGAUGAUGGCUGACUCUUCCUCCUCUUCCUCUUCUUCCUCUUCCUCCUCUUCCUCUUCCUCUUCCUCCUCUCUUCACAAUGAACAGGUGUUGCAAGUUGUGGUUCCUGGUAUAAAUUUACCUGUCAAUCAGCUGACUUACUUCUUCGCUGCAGUCCUCAUUAGUGGUGUUGUACAUGAAAUUGGACACGGUAUAGCCGCUAUUAGGGAACAAGUUCGAUUUAAUGGCUUUGGAAUUUUUCUCUUCAUUAUUUAUCCUGGAGCAUUUGUUGAUCUGUUAACCAACCAUUUGCAACUUAUAUCACCAGUCCAGCAGCUAAGGAUAUUUUGUGCAGAAAAUUCAGAGAUUCCCGCUGAUUUUGUAGACCUGGAGCCACUUAAUGUCGACGCGGUUUCUGGAACCAGCUCAUUCCCAACCAUCGAAGUGUAUGAAGACGCAGGUGUCGAUUGGGCGCGUGGUGGCCACUACCACUCUCCUUUUAUUGCUCUGCAGCCUCUCGAGGGCAGCACCCUGAGUAAUGGGGAGCACGAUCAGGAUAUGAUCGUUGUCGAGACACGAGAGGAGGUGGUGGACUUCCAGGACUCAGACAACCUGCUAUUCAGUGCUGAAUUCGAAAGCCAAAUGGUUGUUCCAGGUAUUGAUGAAGAUUACAAUCUCCAGCCGACCAGUGCCUUCUUGUCAGGCUUCGCGGCAGCAGAGAAUGGUCAAGAUGAGCUCAGCUGCUAUGAAGGGAAUCUCUGUAAUUUGACGACCGUUUUCGAGGCUGGCGUAGAAGGUGUGAGCCCUGACCUGGGCGUCAAACAAUGGCAGCAUGAGCAGGUGGAAAUUGAAGCUCUUGAGGGAGAAUUACCCUCUACCUCGUGGGAGGCUAAUGGACAAAAAAAUCCCGUGCCGAAAAGGCAGGCUGACGACGACUCACCUCCUGAUUACUCUGCAUAUAUGACGGGAAAAAAAUUUCCUCCUGAAGGAAUACCUGGCAUUGACCUGUCUGAUCCGAAACAGCUGGCAGAAUUUACAAGCAUGAAACACAGAAAGCCCAAAGGAGACUAUCCAAGACCUAUAGUUUGCUCUCAUAUAGGCUGUGGGAAGAUGUUCAAGGAUAACUCGGCUAUGAAAAAGCACUUAAACGUCCAUGGGCCUCGAGUGCAUGUCUGUACAGAAUGUGGCAAAGCUUUUGUUGAGAGUUCGAAGCUGAAACGUCAUCAUCUGGUUCACACUGGAGAGAAGCCCUACCAGUGUACCUUUGAAGGCUGCGGAAGACGCUUUUCCCUGGAUUUCAAUCUGCGCACUCAUGUCCGAAUUCAUACUGGAGACAAGCCGUUUGUGUGCCCAUUUGAUGGCUGCAGCAGGAAGUUUGCUCAGUCGACCAACUUGAAAUCGCAUCUCUUAACACAUGUUAAGAACAAGUAAAAAGAAGUGAGAAGAUCCUUCUGAAGCCUGGGGAGUAUUUUACAGUGAUGUGCCUGGGAAUAAGAUGCCUCUCAUUUCAAUAGUUUCUAGGAAAGUUAUUGCUAUUGCAAAUGAAUUCUACAGAUCUGAGGUUUAUCUUUGGAUACAAUAAAAGUUAAAAGUUUUAUGUUGAUUAGAUGCCCUAUUUGUGCUGCAGUGAAGUUUUGUUAAGUUUGGUUUCAACAGGCUAGACUAACCUCACAUUGAUGCCAUGUGUUUUGUACUAAUAUACUUUUCGAAGCUUGGUUUCAACAAGAGACUAAUUCACGAACCUCAUAUUGUUGCUAAAGAUGACCUGUGUUUUUUUGCUGGAGUUUUUGGUUUCCAUAGGAGACUAAAUAAUGAACUUCAUAUUGUUAAAAUAUCCUAUCUUCUGUAGUAGUAUUUUUAUGAAACUGGUUUCAGCAAGAUACUAAUUCACAAACUAGAUAUGCUAAAGUGACCGGUUUUAGUCCGCAGUGGUGUUUUUAUGAAACUCGCUUUCAACAGGAGACUAACUCAUGAACCACUUUGUUUCUAAAGAUGGCCUGUGUUAUUUUGCUUUGAAGUGUUUAGAGCAGCUUGAUUUCAACAUAUAAUAAAUCACAAACCUCAUUGUUACUAAGAUGUUCUGUGUUUUCUGCGAGGUGAUUUUUUUUUUAUUUUUUGUGUUGGUUUCAACAGGACGCUGUAUCAUAAACCUCAUAUUGCUAAGGUAUCCUGUCUUCCUCUGAUGUGUUUUUAUAAAGUUUGAACAAGAGACGGUUUCAUAUGCUAAAAUGAUUGCUUUACUCUGUGGUGGUGUUUUUAUGAAACUUGCUAAUUCAUGAUCCUCCUAUUGCUAAGGUGUCCUGUAUUCUACAGCAGUGUUAUUUGUAAAGUUGGUUUUGACAGGAUAAUAAUUCAUGAACCUCACAACAUAUGCCCUGUUUUGUUCUGCAGUGGUGUUUUUGUGAAGUUUGGUUUCAUCAGGCAACUAAUUCACAAGCCUCAUAUUCUCGAUAAGUGGCCUGUCUUAUUUUGCAGUCGUGCUUUUGUGAAGUUUGGUUUUGGCAGGAGAAUCACACAUGAAAUUCCUGUCAAAUUACAUUUCUUUAUACAACUGUGUUAAAAAUGGGACUUUUGCAUUCUUAUAAAUAUGUAAUAUUUUUUAAUUGUGUGUUCUAAGUGCUCAUGUUUACUUUUAGGAAUAUGCUUAGUAAUUGUAUAUAUGUUUUCUGUGGAGUUGAUGUUUGUAAAAUAUAGUCUUUAAAGCAUGGGCAGUUUUGUACAUACAUAUUCUGUUAAAUGUUAUAGGUUUGUUUGCUGUCUUAAUUUUGGCAGUAUUCCUUGAUGUCAAGACAUUUUUUGUAAAUUUCUUUUAGCUGUAUUAUACAGUGUAGAAUAUUAGAUGAUUUAAUCAUAUUAGCCAAUUUAAGCACCUUUUAAUCACUUUAUGCCUUCCCCUCAUACUGCCUAAGGUGCUGUUGUUGAGUAUAAUUUCUUUGUCUGAUUAAUUAAGAAUAGUGUCGGAUUUAAUAAUAUUUUGUCUUCAAAUUGAUUUCAUGUUUGGUGUGUACUUUUGUGUGAUAGAAAAAGCAAAAAUAAAGUAACUGUUUGGAGCAUUAAAAACAGCUUGCUUGUGUGAAUAACGUUAGCUAGAAAAUAAGGAAAGAGGAAAGUGUUGCUGGUGUCAGGUCAGUAACCAUCAGUAAUAGUAAUUCUAACAGAACAUCUGGUAGUGCACAGAACAGUGACAAAAAAUUAUUUAGCCAAACUGUGUUUUGUGUCACUAUUAAAAAACUGUGCUCUUGAGAAAGCAGAAGUGGUAAGAAGUAUUUCGGAAGUAUACUAAUAGACAAAGCAUUAACGGCCAAGAGUUUGUUUAGAUGAGUGACACGUGUCUGCUUCACACACACGCCUAGCCAUCAUUGGCAAAUUCAGAAUUUAGAGGGUAAUAGUACCAACUGCAAGCUUGAAAGACAAUUGAGAAGUACCCAUAAAGUCGAAACCAGUGCUGUCAUGUGACCCCACAUUUGUUCACUUGUCCAUGCCUGUUUCAUUUACUAGCGACAGGGCAGUAUUAUGAAUUAGUUUGUUCAGAGAAAAUGC